AUGGCGACCUUUGCACGUCCUGUGGCCUCGUCAAUUUCGGGUAUUGAAUUCGGAGUUUAUUCGGAUGAAGAUGUCAAGUCCAUUUCCGUAAAGCGAAUUCACAAUACCCCGACUUUGGAUUCUUUUAAUAAUCCUGUCCCCGGUGGUUUAUACGAUCCGGCUCUGGGUGCUUGGGGAGAUCAUGUCUGCACGACCUGCCGUCAGAAUUCGUGGUCUUGUACUGGACAUCCUGGACAUAUUGAGCUUCCUGUUCGCGUUUACAAUGUCACCUUCUUCGACCAGUUAUACCGACUACUUAGAGCGCAAUGUGUCUACUGCCAUCGUUUUCAGAUGCCCCGGGUCCAAAUCAAUGCCUAUGUGUGCAAGCUACGACUCCUACAAUACGGACUAGUCGACGAAGUUGAGGCCAUAGAGGCGAUGGGGACUGGUCAAGGAAACAAGAAAAAGUCUGAAAAGGACGCCGACGAUUCCGGCAGCGAGGAAGAAGACGACGAUGACCUCGUCGCUCGCAGGAACGCAUACGUCAAGAAAGUGAUUCGGGAGGCACAUGUGGCCGGCAGACUGAAGGGUAUCAUGUCUGGUGCGAAGAAUCCCAUGGCUGCGGAGCAGAGACGGACUUUGGUCAAGCAGUUCUUCAAGGAUCUCGUCAGCAUCAAAAAAUGCAGCAGCUGCAGCGGAAUCUCACCUAAUUACCGGAGAGACCGUUUCUCGAAGAUUUUCCGAAAGCCUCUGCCCGAGAAGUCCAGACUAGCUAUGGUACAGGCCGGAUUUCAAGCGCCGAACUCCCUCAUUCUUCUCCAGCAGGCAAAGAAGUUGAACACGAAGGCAAAAGAGUCGAUGGCCAAUGGCAUUUCUGAUACGGCUAGUACAGUUUCUGAAACACAUGGCGCUGAGGAAGAAGUUGCUCGUGGUAAUGCUGUCGUUGCACAAGCCGAAAGUAAGAAGUCAGCAGCUGGCGAUGCUGGACAAUAUAUGCCUUCGCCAGAAGUGCAUGCUGCGAUGAUACUGCUCUUCGAGAAGGAGAAAGAGAUUUUGAGCCUUAUAUACAACUCUCGGCCUCUUCCCAAAAAGGAAGCCCAAGUCAGUGCGGACAUGUUCUUCAUCAAAAACAUCCUGGUGCCACCAAAUAAAUAUAGACCUGCUGCCCCUCAAGGGCCCGGUGAGAUCAUGGAAGCACAGCAAAAUACCCCGUUCACCCACAUUCUGAAGAACUGUGACAUCAUCAAUCAAAUCAGCAAGGAAAGACAGAAUGCUGGUGCCGAUUCAGUCACUCGAAUGCGUGAUUAUCGCGAUCUCCUUCAUGCUAUCGUACAGCUCCAAGAUACUGUUAACGGGUUGAUUGACAAGGACAGAGGCGCAUCGGGCCCGGCAGCAGGCCAGGCCGCCAACGGUAUCAAGCAGAUCUUGGAAAAGAAGGAGGGUUUGUUCAGAAAGAACAUGAUGGGCAAACGUGUCAAUUUUGCUGCUCGAAGUGUCAUUUCUCCCGAUCCCAAUAUUGAAACGAACGAGAUUGGUGUUCCACUGGUCUUCGCGAAAAAGCUCACUUAUCCAGAGCCUGUGACGAAUCACAACUUCUGGGAAAUGAAGCAAGCUGUCAUCAAUGGUCCAGACAAAUAUCCGGGCGCUACUGCGAUUGAAAAUGAAUUGGGCCAAGUGACCAACCUCAAAUUCAAGAGUCUUGACGAGCGAACAGCUUUGGCCAAUCAGUUGCUGGCACCGUCGAAUUGGCGGAUGAAGGGAGCACGUAACAAGAAGGUCUACCGUCACCUUACCACUGGUGAUGUCGUCCUCAUGAACCGGCAGCCUACGCUUCACAAGCCGUCCAUCAUGGGUCAUAAGGCUCGUGUGCUGGCGAAUGAGAGAGUUAUUCGGAUGCACUACGCUAAUUGUAACACCUACAACGCCGACUUCGAUGGUGACGAAAUGAAUAUGCAUUUCCCUCAGAACGAACUUGCUCGAGCUGAAGCUAUGAUGCUUGCUGACGCCGACCACCAGUAUCUUGUGGCGACAUCUGGUAAGCCUUUGAGAGGUUUGAUCCAAGAUCACAUCUCGAUGGGAACGUGGUUCACAUGUCGAGACGCAUUUUUUGAUGAGGAGGAUUAUCAUGAGCUGCUCUACAGCUGUCUCAGACCUGAGAACUCUCAUACCAUCACAGAACGGAUUCAGCUUGUGGAGCCUACUCUGUUGAAACCAAAGCGUCUUUGGACUGGAAAGCAAGUGAUUACAACAAUUCUCAAGAACAUCAUGCCUCCGGGAAGAGCAGGUCUCAACCUGAAGAGCAAGUCUUCCACUCCUGGAGACCGAUGGGGCGAAGGCAACGAGGAAGGCACUGUAAUCUUCAAAGACGGCGAGAUGCUGUGUGGUAUUCUCGAUAAGAAGCAAAUCGGCCCUACUGCUGGCGGUCUUAUUGAUGCCAUCCAUGAGAUCUAUGGCCACACCAUUGCGGGACGGCUGAUCAGUAUUCUCGGACGACUCUUGACAAGAUAUCUGAACAUGCGUGCAUUCACUUGCGGUAUCGAUGAUCUUCGGUUGACCAAGGAAGGUGAUCGUGUCCGUAAAGAGAAGAUUAGCCAAGCUGCCAGCAUUGGACGGGAGGUUGCGCUUAAGUAUGUGACUCUCGAUCAAACCACAGUCCCUGAUCAAGAUGCCGAACUGCGCCGAAGAUUGGAAGACGUCCUCCGGGACGAUGAUAAGCAAAGUGGUUUGGAUAGUGUCUCGAACGCUCGGACGGCCAAGCUCUCUACCGAGAUCACUCAGGCUUGUCUUCCAAAAGGCUUGGCCAAGCCGUUCCCGUGGAAUCAGAUGCAGUCUAUGACGAUUUCUGGAGCUAAGGGUUCAAGUGUCAACGCGAACCUGAUUUCUUGCAACCUGGGACAACAGGUUUUGGAAGGUCGACGUGUGCCUGUUAUGAUCAGUGGCAAGACCUUGCCAUCCUUCAGGGCCUUUGAUACCCACCCUAUGGCUGGUGGUUAUGUCUGUGGUCGUUUCUUGACUGGUAUCAAGCCUCAGGAGUACUACUUCCAUGCUAUGGCGGGUCGAGAAGGUCUUAUCGAUACUGCCGUCAAAACUUCUAGAUCUGGAUAUCUGCAGCGUUGUUUGAUCAAGGGUAUGGAAGGUCUGAGAGCCGAGUACGAUACAUCUGUCCGCGAGUCUUCAGACGGUUCCAUCGUUCAAUUCUUGUACGGAGAGGAUGGACUUGAUAUCACAAAACAAGUGCACCUGAAGGACUUCGAUUUCCUGACUUCGAACUAUGUCUCUAUCAUGCAGUCUGUCAACCUUACAAGCGACUUCCAUAACCUCGAGAAGGACGAAGUGACAAACUGGCACAAGGACGCCAUGAAGAAGGUCCGCAAGACAGGAAAGGUCGACGCUAUGGACCCGGUGCUGUCUGUUUAUCACCCUGGAGGUAACCUGGGUAGUACGUCCGAGGCAUUCUCGCAGGCGCUCAAGAAGUACGAGGACACCAAUCCUGACAAACUUCUUCGAGACAAGAAAAAGAGUAUCGACGGUAUCAUCAGUAAGAAGGCAUUCAAUACUUUGAUGAACAUGAAGUAUCUCAAGUCUGUUGUCGACCCUGGCGAAGCGGUCGGUAUCGUUGCUAGUCAGUCUAUUGGAGAGCCGUCAACCCAGAUGACCCUGAACACCUUCCACUUGGCUGGUCACUCCGCAAAGAACGUGACGCUGGGUAUUCCUCGUCUGCGUGAAAUUGUCAUGACUGCAAGCGCUCACAUCAUGACGCCUACGAUGACGCUGAUCUUGAACGAAGAAUUGUCAAAGGAACAUUCUGAGAGAUUUGCAAAGGCCAUCAGCAAGCUUAGUAUUGCCGAGGUGAUCGACAAGGUUCGAAUCAAGGAGAGAAUUGCUUCAGCCGGUUCACGCUCCAAGGUUUACGACGUCGAGAUUGCCUUCUUCCCAGUAGAGGAGUACACGAAAGAGUAUGCGAUCACCACCAAGGAUGUCCAAAACACUCUGCAGAACAAGUUCAUUCCAAAGCUUGUUAAGCUCACCAGAGCCGAGCUCAAGAGACGUAAUGACGAGAAGUCUCUGAAGAGCUUCUCGACCGCCCAGCCUGAGAUUGGUGUUUCCGUGGGUGUCAUCGAGGAAGGGCCGCGGGGACCCGACCGUGAGGUCGAACCCGCACAAGACGAUGAUGAGGACGAUGAAGACGACGCCAAGCGGGCGAGGAGCGGUCAGAACCGGUCGAACCAGGUCUCGUAUGAAGGUCCCGAGCAGGAAGAAAUAGACAUGGUCAGACAGCAGGAUGCUGAAGAUGACGAAGACGAGGAUGAAAGUGGUGAGGGCCGUCACCAGAAUUCUGAUGUCGAAAUGGAGGACGCCUCCGACGACGAAUCAGACGAUGAGACGAAAGACACCAAAUUGCGCGAGGAGGAUAUCAAGGGCAAAUAUGGCGAAGUCACACAGUUCAAGUUCAACCCCAGCAAGGGCACAUCAUGCGUCGUCCAGCUGCAGUAUGACAUCUCCACUCCCAAGCUCCUCCUCCUGCCUCUGGUCGAAGAGGCCGCUCGCAGCGCCGUCAUCCAGUCUAUCCCUGGCCUCGGCAACUGUACGUAUGUCGAGGCGGACCCACUCAAGGGCGAGCCCGCACAUGUCAUCACCGAGGGCGUCAAUCUGCUCGCCAUGCGCGAUUACCAGGAUAUCAUCAAGCCUCACUCCCUCUACACCAACUCAAUCCAUCACAUGCUCAUGCUGUACGGUGUCGAGGCCGCGCGAGCGUCCAUCGUUCGAGAAAUGUCCGAUGUUUUCCAGGGUCACAGUAUCUCAGUCGACAACCGCCAUCUGAAUUUGAUCGGUGAUGUGAUGACCCAGUCUGGUGGUUUCCGCGCCUUCAACCGUAACGGUCUCGUCAAGGAUAGCUCGUCGCCUCUGGCCAAGAUGAGCUUCGAGACUACCGUCGGUUUCCUGAAGGAUGCUGUGAUCGAGAGGGACUUCGAUAACCUCAAGAGCCCUAGCAGCAGAAUCGUGGCGGGUCGGGCUGGCAUGGUCGGCACGGGCGCCUUCGACGUGCUUGCUCCUGUCGCAUGA